AUGUUCAAGUCCAUCUUCAUCACUCUCGCCGUCGCCGUCGCCGCGCUCGCCUCUCCCCAGGCCACCGUAUACAGCCCGUUGGACUGCAACCAGCUCGCGAACCAAUUCGACCGCGCCGCUUCGUACCAAGCCGGCACGAUAAUCGUACUUAACCGCCAGGUGUGGGCUGUCAACAGGUUCACUAACAACAACGCCCCCGGAGACGCGGCCAACGCCUUCACGCUGAUCGGCUUCUGCCAGUGA